CGCUCAAGCUGACCGGCUCGUAGCUUUCGUCGGUACCAACUUUCACAACGCAAAAUGGGGACUCAGGACGCUUCUCUGAGCGAUCAGUGUCCUUUCUGCCAAAUAGCGAACAACCAGACUGACACGGAGAUCCUGCUCGGUGAUGAUGAGCUGAUCUGCUUCCGCGACGUGAAGCCUGGCGCCGCACAUCAUUACCUUGUUGUGACCAGGACACAUAUCGAGAACUGCAAAAAUCUCCAGAGGGACGACAUACCGACAGUGGAGCGGAUGGUAGAAAUGGGACGGAGCGUGCUGGAGAAGAAUAAAGUCAGCGACCUCGCUGACGUCAGGAUGGGCUUUCACCUGCCUCCAUUCUCAUCUGUCCCCCACCUCCACCUCCACGCUCUGGCUCCAGCCAGUGAAAUGAAUUUCAAGUCGCAGCUCCACUACGGACCUCAGUCUCACUGGUUCAUCACAGUAGACAAAGUGCUCUCUCAGUUGAAGAUUCGCGGCAAAGUCAAAUGAGGCGACACAAAGAGUCUGAAGGCGCGACAGUCUGAACACAUGAAUGUAAUUUAAACCAGUUUUCCACCUGACUUGACAUUUUUGUGCUAAUGGGUUGUAAUGAUGUAUUUCCUCCGUGCUGCUUGCUGAUUCAGUUGUGGAGAAAAGUGGAAAAGGCACCUUUUUUCGGUGGUGGAAGCAUCCUGUGUAAUUGAACUGUCAAUGGGGACAGGAUAUGUGUUAUUUAUUAAAAAAAGAAACCUUAAUAUAUUAUAUAAAACACAGGCUCAAGUGUGUGCAGCUGUGCAUAAUACCCUUCAGUAUUUCUGUUUACUGCAAUAAUCGCAGAGGACAGUGGGUCCUAAUGUAUGUCUUUGUGUCUCUGCCAGCAUCCUAAUGGGCUUGAAUACAGCAAACGAUGAUACAAUGGUUCCUUUAAUGUAAUUAUUUAUUCUCAUCAUUGUCAAGGUUCCAUUCGCAGCGUAUGCCAGGGAGUGCGUAGAUAUCUGAGGAGUUUGUUGGCAGAUUUUUGUUUUGUCUUCGAAAAGUGGCCAAAUCUGUGAAUUUCCAGUUGGACUGCUCAGUAAGACGUGGGGUUUUAUGUCUGUGUGUCCAUUCAGAUGAAAGAUGGUGGUUUAGGAACUGGCACCUGGCCGUUUGUUUUCAUUAAGGCACAUCACAGUGACACUCCUAGAUUAUUCUGUUACUUUUUCUAUCUUUUAAAUAAGGCAAAUUUAUCAGUAUCAUUAUAUAAAAAUGUAUGUUUUAGCAAAACUUCUCAGGAAAACUGAUACCAUUUAUGGUGUUAGUUUAGUCUUGAAGAUUUUAGCUCAGCAUUAUGAAAAGGUUUCCAACUGCUCUUCUUCGGGCAGCAUAAUUUCACAUUCAUUUCACAUGACAUUUGGUCCAGAUGGAGCCCAGGUGAUGUGUCCUAAUGACUUUGGUAAUCCCUUGAUUUUUUCCUCUAGCGCUGCCUUGAGGUUGAUAUUUGUGGUUUUUGAGAGAAAUGUCUCUACAAUUACUGUAUAGAUAGAUAGACAAUUGUUGUAUACAGUACAUUCAUGUUGACCACAGGAUGAUGAUUGUAAUAACUUUGGCGAUCCAUUAAAUUUUCAUCUU